CCGAGCUCAGAAGAUGAUUGCCUCGACGUCCUGUCGACCAUGGCUAGUUCAGAAGUAUGGUGGCACAAGUGUCGGCAAACUGUUAGAUGCCAUGACAGAUUCGAUCAUUCCAGCAUAUGUCAAAGACUACAAUCUCGCUGUUGUAUGCUCUGCCCGCUCAUCCUCGAAGAAAGCUGCAGGCACAACAAGUCUUCUGCUCAAAGCGCUUGAUUGCGCAGUUUCGCACGAAACUAGCAUGACAGCCUGUGACCAGGUCAUAGAAACCAUCGAGCAAGAGCAUCUAUCGGCUGUGACACUGUUGGAGCACUCUGGCAUGAGUGGAAAGGCCCGACACACCCUGCAGACGCUGCGAUGCAAGAUCCAGGAAGAGACCGGAGCGUUGAAGAAGUUCCUCUUUGCUACUUGGACAAUUGGCGAAGUCUCUGACAGGACUCAAGACAAAGUACUCGGCGUCGGUGAGAAGCUGUCAUGUCUUCUGGUUGCAGCCGCCCUGUCCAUCAAAGGACUACCAGCUGAGCUGCUCAACUUGGAAAACAUCGUGCAAUUAGCCGACGACCGAUCUAUACGUGAGCAAAAGGCAGCUUACAAGCAAAAUCCCGUCACAUACCUGCAAGGUCUACGGGAUGCCGUCAGAAACAAAAUCCUCGCGUGCUGCGCAGAAGGAAACAUCCCUAUCGUCACUGGUUUCUUCGGCGCGAUGCCGAAUUCACUCCUACAUACCGUCGGACGUGGCUAUUCAGAUCUGUGUGCUGCGCUCUGUGCUAUUUCUUUGGAGGCCGAAGAAUUGCAGAUCUGGAAGGAAGUCGAUGGUAUUUUCACGGCCGACCCGACCAAGGUACCGACUGCCAGAGUGCUACCGACAGUCACCUCGGAAGAAGCAGCAGAAUUGACCUACUAUGGAAGCGAAGUCAUUCAUACCCUCACAAUGUCGCUGCUCAGCGAGGAGUGCGUCAGUGUGCGGCUGAAAAAUGUCAACAAUCCCGGCGGCGCUGGCACCAUCAUUUAUCCGACAAGGAAAAGUCCAAGCUCGAGUCCAACAAGGUCACCCUCAUCCAACGAAUCCGAGAGACAACGAUCAAUACUCAUGGCCACAAAUGGCUACCAUGGUGACAAGCAAGCCAAACGUGCCCCAACGGCCAUCACGGCCAAAGAAUCUAUCACCCUGGUCAACAUCACCUCGAACGGCAUGCUACCACCACAAGCUUUCCUGGGUCAGAGUAUAGAAGUACUCGGGCGACAUCAGCUCGCCUUUGACCUGACGAGUAGCAGUCAUCGAUCACUUAGCCUGGCACUUUCUUCGAAGACUGGGAUCGCCGAUCUAGCCAAGGCAGUAUCAGAAGCCCUUCCCGACCUUGAGGAGUUUGGCACGACGUCGGUGAUGCCGAAGAUGUCCAUCAUUUCUGUGGUCGGACACAAAAUGAAGAAUAUGGUUGGUGUUGCCGCCGAGAUCUUCUCUGCGUUGGCAAGUGCUCGGAUCAACAUAUACCUGAUCUCUCAAGGCGCGAGUGAGAUCAAUAUCUCGUUUGUGGUCCCCGCACAGGACACUUUACUUGCAAUGGAGGUGGUUCACACCAAAGUCAUGCGCAUUCCUGGACACGCUGAGAAGGAAAUGUCAUUCAUACGAGGUCCUUGGCUUUACUAA